ACAACAUUGAUUAUUACAGUGGUUCUUUUUCCAUCUUUGUCACAUAUAAGUAUUUUCAAACCAUCGAGAUUAGUAAUACGCGAAAGAGCAACAUACAAUUAAAUAAUUACACAUUACUUGAAUUUAUUAGACUAUCAUAUCAUGAAUAUCAAGUUCCAAAGCACUACAUAUUAAAAAUUACAUGAUAAUUUAUGUUCAUAACUCUAACACCCAUUUUAGAAAAUAUUUUUAACACAUUGCAUACCCAAUAAAUCAAGUGGAAAUUACCCGGACAGACCAUUUUUAUGUAUCCCAUAUCAUUUAUGUGUCCUCCUAUUUUGUCUUUUCAUUUAUAACUUUUCUAUUUUCAAUUUUGAUUUUUUAUUUCACCGGUUACGUCAAAUUCCUCCAUCUAAACCUCUCCGACUCCUGGCUUCUGUCUCCCACAAACCCCGACCUCUUCUGACCUCCGCCUCCCCUAAUGAUCUUCCAAAGUCUUCUCGUUGGAGUAGACCACACAACAUUUGAAGAAAGGGGGUCAUAUCUGAGCUUCAACAGGUUGCGAUCGGAGCUCUAAAUUCACAAGUCGCGAAACACUUUCCAGGAUCGAUCAAUCCCUCCUCAGAACGAUCAUUCGGAACUAAAUCAGAGGAGCGAUAGGCGGAAUUCAUGGCUUUAAUCGCCCACUCUAGGUGAUUCUGGAAUCCAUGGGAGGUGGAGGGAGUUUGUCGGUAAUCUUAGGGGAUGGAAUCCAUAGGCGUUGCCUUCUUCGACUGGCACCUGAAUGAUUGCAACAACAGAAGUCGUGUGUGCAGAAUUUUCUGAGGAAUGUUUUUCAAGCUAAGGUAAAGUUGUAUCAACAAAAAGUAUGUAUGAACAGGGUAUUGGCAGCAGUCCGGCUUCCACAAUCAAAAUUGAAAGUAAAAAUACUUGUAAGACGUGUGUGGAAGACGUGUGUGGCUUGCAAGGGAAGUGGAAGGCUAGGUGUUUAUCUAUUAAUCUUUUGUUCAUUUUCCUACCAAAUGAUUCUUUUGACAAUGAUAACUAUAUCGUUGAUUUAUUUUUUGAGAAUGAAAUAGGGGAUUUGAAGGCCGUGAGCAUAUCAAUUUUGAGGAUUGAAGGUGUGAUUGAACACAUAAUAUUUAUGGAUAUGGCCAUCACCGUAAUUGUGGCUGAAAAGCUAGGUGUCACCAUCACAAACAAAUAGGAAAGCUAAUAGAUGGGCAGGCAGCAUUCUCAAUUGCAGACACAUAAUAAAAAAGUACAUCAAGAUGUAAGGAUGAGAAAGUUUGACAAGGAAAAUGAAGAUAGAGGAGACAAACUUGAUAAGUUGUGCUAAGGUGCAACAUAAAAGGAAUAAGAAGUGAGGAGAAUCAAAAGCAAUAGAUGUCAUCGAUAAAUGUAAUAAAUUGUAACAAUAGAUUGAAUUAUACAUAUUUUGUGAUGAUUUUUAUAUGCAGUUUUUGUUUCUCUUUGUUGCAUCAAAUGUGUUACUUUCUGUUGCAUCUUGUUACAUCAUGUUGCAUUUUGUUGUAUUUCGUUGCUUAUUGUUCUCUAUUAAUGAUUUUCAUUUUUGAUUUCUAUAUGACAUUGCAGAUGAAUACUACUUGAAUCCUUCUCUUGCUUAAUAGAUUACCUAUCAGCUAUCCUGGCAAUUUCUAAAUAAACAAAUCGAAUAUUGAUAUUCUAAUAGAAUUGAUGCACAACAUUUUUUCUAUAAGGUCUGCUCAUGCUAGUGUAUUAGUAGUGUUGGGAUAUUGACCUAGAGGCCCAAUACCCAGAUCGGGAAGGCCCAAGAUAUCCGGCCCAAGCAACAGGCCCAUCACUCUAUGAUGAAUAGAUCCAGUAAGAAGACAUACCGAACGAGGUUCGGGCUAUAUAUCAUACUUGGGCCAAUUUGACAGCAUCUUCAGUGCAGCCCAACAUCCCGUUCGAGCAACGGCCAACCAGCAAGUGGCCAGGUGCAAUUAAUGCCAGACUAUGACAUCAGCAAGUGGAAGCAUGGAUGACCAAGUCGGUGGAACAACGGCCAAUCAGCAAGAGGCAUCCCAUGCUCUCCAUUAGUAUAAAUAGAAGGUUUCAAGUCAUUGUAAGGGUUAGCAUUUCAAUACUCAAGCUCUAGAAUAGCAUCAUUUGCCCUUACUUCUUGUAUUAAAGCAUAGUUUCCGACAUACCGAUCGGGAAUUUCCUUGUAAUCAGAUUGAUUAAUUAAUGCAAGUGAGCUUUCGAGUUUUAGUUAGUUCAGAUCU